UUGCUUGCAAAGCAUCAAAUCAUUCCAAAACAAAAAACCCUUUAUUUGAUCUUCAACAUAUUCUUCUUUUGUCUUCUUAGUUUACAACGUAAUUCAACUAUUAUAUUAUCUUCUCACACAGACGGAAACAGAAACAGAAACAGAAACCAAGCAAGAUGGACAAGAAAAAGAAGAAAGAUGUUAUUCGAUUGGAACGUGAAUCUGUCAUUCCCAUUCUCAAACCUAAGCUUAUCAUGACUUUGGCCAAUCUCAUUGAGCAUAGUUCUGACCGGUCUGAGUUUCUAAAGCUUUGCAAGAGAGUUGAGUACACAAUUAGAGCGUGGUAUCUUCUCCAAUUUGAGGAUUUGAUGCAACUAUACUCCCUCUUUGACCCUGUAUCUGGCGCCCAGAAAUUGGAGCAGCAGAACUUGUCACCUGCCGAAAUUGAUACACUUGAACAGAAUUUCCUGACGUACUUAUUUCAGGUGAUGGAAAAGAGUAAUUUCAAAAUAACAACUGAUGAUGAAAUUGAUGUUGCACUUUCAGGGCAGUAUCUUCUAAAUCUUCCCAUCAGUGUUGAUGAGUCUAAGGUUGACAAGAAGCUUUUGAAGAGGUAUUUUGAAGAGCAUCCCCAUGAAAACCUUCCAGAUUUUUCUAAUAAGUACGUUAUCUUUCGACGUGGAAUUGGAAUUGAUCAGACAACUGAUUUCUUUUUCAUGGAGAAAGUGGACAUGCUCAUUGCACGCCUUUGGUCAUUUAUUUUGAGACGAACAAAGCUAGAAAAACUUUUUAGCAGGAGGUUAGGCAGUCGUAAGAAGGACCCAAAGAAGGAUGAUGAAAUUAAUUCUGAAGCCAUUCAAGAUGAUCUAUACGUUGAACGACACCGUCUUGAAAAUAUGGAACUAAGUUUCCGCAAUUUGCUGACCAAGGUUACAAUCCAAGAGCCUACCUUUGAUAGGAUAAUUGUUGUUUACAGGAGAGCAAGUACAAAAUUAAAACCAGAACGAGGAAUAUAUGUGAAACAUUUUAAAAACAUUCCGAUGGCCGAUAUGGAGAUAGUUCUUCCUGAAAAGAAAAAUCCAGGAUUAACUCCACUAGACUGGGUCAAGUUCCUGAUCUCUGCUGUGGUUGGGCUGGUUGCUGUGAUUAGUUCCCUCCAAAUGACUGAACGUGAUCUUUGGGUCAUUAUCGCGGUCCUUUCCACAGUGAUUGGUUAUUGUGCUAAGACAUACUUCACGUUUCAGCAAAACUUGGCUACAUAUCAGAAUUUAAUCACACAGUCCAUGUACGACAAACAACUAGAUAGUGGGAAGGGCACUCUUCUUCACUUGUGUGAUGAUGUGAUCCAGCAAGAAGUGAAAGAGGUGAUUGUUUCAUUUUUUAUAUUGAUGGAACAGGGCAAAGCCACAAUGCAGGAUCUGGACAAGUGGUGUGAGGAUCUAAUCAAGGAAGAGUUUGGUGAAAGCUGUAAUUUUGAUGUGGAUGAUGCAGUUCAAAAGUUAGAGAAAUUAGGCAUUGUUUCUCGGGAUACUAUUGGUCGGUAUUUCUGUGUUGGGCUGAAACGUGCUAACGAGAUCAUUGGCACCACCACUGAGGAGCUCGUCCUUAAGGCAAAAAUGGGUGGUAUUACAACUUGAAGAUGUCCUUGGAAAUGGGAUGGUGAGAGCUUUUUCUCCCCUAUGAUUUCGGCAUCUGAAGUCUCAAGAGUUGAAUACAUUUACAGGUGAUGACUUUAACAACACCUUGGACCGAUGUGUUGGAUGGGAGAUUUCACUCUAUAUGGUGGCAAAUUUCUACUUCUUUGUCAAUAUUGUAAUAUUGAGUUAAUUUUAUUUUUUAAUUAAUGGCAUGUAAUUGCAAGAUGCCUCCAUGAAGUAAAUUUUGUGAAGAAUAUGCCGUGGGGAGGCAAUCUUGGUUAUAUUUGAUGUUUUAAUAUGUUUAUUUUGGACAACAAUGAUAUGUUUUUAGGCUUAAUUUGGGUUGAAACUUGAAAGUUUAGAGAUAGUAAUUCUGUAGCCUCUCUCAGAGAAACAAAUUCAUAAUUUACUUACAA